AUGGUUCAUCUACAAGCUGUGAAAGGGAUUCUCAGAAAAGUGUUUGUUACCCCUACAAAGACUAACAAGGAGGUGGCAGUGAUUCCAAACUCUAGCAUUCUUGCAGCAGCUGGCCAGAAAAUGGCAAGUACUCCAGGUGUCAGUGCAACUCUAUUCAAUGCACUUGCAAAGGCUAAUAUUAAUGUGAGAGCUAUAGCACAAGGGUGCUCCGAGUACAACAUCACUGUAGUUGUAAAAAAGGAAGAUUGUGUAAGAGCCUUACGAGCAGUUCAUUCAAGAUUCUAUCUUUCAAAAACAUCAAUAGAUGUGGGUAUUAUUGGGCCUGGGCUUAUUGGUGCCGCUUUACUUAAUCAGCUUAGAGAACACGCAGCAGUGCUAAAGGAAAAAUCCAACACAGAUUUACGUGUCAUGGGAAUCCUUGGAUCAAAGAAAAUGCUGCUGAGUGACACGGGUGUUGACCUUUCUACAUGGAAAGAAGUUCAUAAGGAGAAAAGGGAAAAAGCUGAUUUGGAAAAGUUUGUUCAACAUAUCACUACCAUGACUGGUUGCGAGAAGGAAUUCAUGUCAUUACCACUUGAUAAGUAUUUGAACACGAGAGCUCUUCAAAGGCAAUCAUUUACUCAUUACAUUUAUGAAGCCACUGUUGGAGCUAGUCUUCCAAUCAUGCAUACUUUACGAGAUUUACUUCAAACAGGGGACAAGAUUAUACGCAUUGAAGGAAUUUUCAGGAAAAGGGUUCAAACUGUUCUCUUUAGUAAGGAAGAAGAUGCAGAAUGGUAUUCACGGGCAACCAACUUUAUCUCAGAGCCUGUUAUAGACUACACUGCAAUUUAUCUAUUCAGUAACCUUGGACAAUGUGAGAAGAAUAGUAGCGAUCUAGUAAAAAAGCUUAAUGAAAAGGAAAGCGACUUGUACAUUUUUGAUCUGGAGAAGCAUCCUGAAGAAAGUAAGAAGAGGAUAUCAGAUCUGGAGGAAAAAGCUUCAAAGAAUUUGUCAUCACAAAACCCUAGUUCUUGA